CGGGUGGGGGCGGCGGGCAGGAUGCUGAGCCGCCUGCAGGAGCUGCGGAAGGAGGAGGAGACGCUGCUGCGGGUGAAGGCGGCACUGCACGAGCAGCUCACCCGGCUUAAGGUGGAGGAGCUCGCGCUGCAGUCCAUGAUCCGGUCCCGGGAGGAGGACCUGGCCGCCGCCCCGAGCGCGGAGGACCCGCAGCAGAUCCUCGGGCAGAUGGACGACGAGGCUGCUAUCAAUCAAACGGAAUUACAGCUGAGUAUUCGAGAUUAUGAAGAGGAGAUGGAAGAGGAGGAGGAAUCGGAUUCUUGAGAGAGAAAAGAGUCAAAAUGUUUUUUAAUACAGACUCAGGAAUUCCUUCUUUGUUCUUGCCGGCAGAUGUUUGUGUUGUGCUGUGUGACAUGCCAGACUCCCAGAGUUGCAGGUUACCUUUGAGGACACAAAUGUCCCAGGCUUGGCAGAUCUUGAAUUAGAUGUUAAAAGAAUGAGAACUUGCUGCACCAGUAUGUAGCAUAAUCCGUUUUGCAAACCUAGUGUGUAGCUUACUACAUCUUUAUACAAGGUAAAAAUCAUUAAUUCAGACUAAUUUAACACAGUGAAAGCAAUAAUUUGUCCGUUCUUAUUUGCUGUUGCUGAAAAACAAAACCAGGCCGCAGAGGCUGGUUGUGAACCAAUGAUUAUAUCAUAACCUCAGCUGCUUAAACUGGAAGUUUAAAGGGAGGCAGUGAGAAAAGAUAUGUCCAGCCUUGUCUCCAGGCUUUCUGCUGCAGUGCUCUCAGUUACACAGACAACUCAACAUCCGUGUCCUGUAAGUGUGACCCAGAGGAGCUGUAUUGUUCUCUCAGCAGGAGCAGCAGGCAUUGCACUGCUGCCCUGCUGCUGAGUGCAGUAGCAAGGGAGCUCUCUUGUCCCUCCAGGUGCUGUUUUUAAGUACUGUCAGGCUGAUGUAACAGCCACAUUUUUCUUACCUGCUCAUUCAGCAUAGCAGCCAAUGGGCCUUUUAUUCUUCCACAAACUGUAUGGUAAGAAUUAGUCCGUAUUAGUUGUAAUAAGGAACUAAUAUUUUCAGUUUUUAUCUUUUUCCCUUACAGUGAAUUUGUAGUUCAAUGCCAGUCUGCCUUCCGCUUUAAGGAGUAUGAGAAAUUAAAAUUUACUUGGAAAGUGAUGCAAAGUCCCUUCCACAGUGUAUUUAAUGGUAUGGUGACAAGCUUAUACUGCUCCUACAGGUACACAGUGUGUUCUUCCUCCUCGUGGAAUGUGGACACCAAGUGGAGCAGCUGGUUAUUGAUCAGUUCUUAAAGACUUGCUUUGAGGAAUGCAAAAUCAAACUCUGUUAAGCUGAUGAAAAGCAGAUGAGUAAAAAUAAUAUCCUUACCACUUAGUUUGAUAAAGAAAAUAGCCACGGCAAUCCAGGUUGUUCACUGCACAGCCAGCUAAAGGUGCUAUUGCUGUCUCUGGUAUUAACAGCUCAGAAAAUCAACCAUUAUCUGGAGUUUGCUUUUAAGAGCAGGAAAAGAACUUAGGAAAGCAUCCAGUAUCCUGGGUGUCAUCAGAGCACUUGAUUCAACCUCCACCACGUUCCUGCCACUGUUUGAAGAGAAAUUAUUUGGCUUGUAGCUAUAGGAACGUAAUUCCAGUUUCAUCCUGUACUAAAGACUAAUUGUUUUUCUGACAAGCCUGGAUGUCUUAAUGAAAGAGCUUAGAAUGUGAAUUCAAAACACUUGGCAAAGCCUUCCUGAGGCUUGCAGGAGAAAAAUAAAAUGUCUGAGCAAGAAA